AUGCUUCUUGCUGCAAGCCCAUCUGUGCGCGGCUUCUUCUGGGACGUUGAUGGUCUGUGCACUGCUGCUUUGUGGUGUGCUCAAAUUGCGUGGCGCCGCCGGACGCUGGACCCUGUAGCCAGCCAGGAUCCACCUGCUGUUCUCUUGCUCACCGUGGAAGGCAAAUGUCAAUCUUGGGAUGCUAGGCUUGUGACUGCGGGAUGCAUGGACUGGACGGAUUGGAUGGCUCUCUCAAUCCGCACCUGCACAUCGAUGCUGGAGCUAGUCGACGUAGUACCUGGUGCUGGUGCUGGUGCUGGUGCUGCGGUGGCAGCGUCUGCGCAGCUUCUGCUAACUGCGAAUCGCCAGGCCGCCGUUAUGAACGCCAUCAUGGCCUUGAUUCACCAUAUCGAAGGCGCCCAAGGCCAGCCAGUUGCCAGACGGCGCCCCAAACAGAGACUUUCGCACCGUACGGAGCACGCUUGGUCGGGCCGGAGGCUACGACCCCACGCUACCAGACCGGUCCAAGCCCCGACAGCUACUCCGAGACUGGCUGGACGGCGACAAGACGCGGGUCGCCGUGCAAAGCUUUGCAGCUAG